AGGGGGGAAGAGGUAUUUAUGACUGUCAUAAACCUACCCCCAGGCCAGCGUCAUGACACAGGCAUAGCAGUGUCAGCGUAUGCAGAUGACUUUUCUGUGAUGAGCAGGAUAUGCAGGCGCUAGAGACUAGUCUGAAGGUGUACGAGGGAGCUUCAUCAGCUAAGGUAAACUGGGGCAAGAGCAAAGCUCUGUCAUGUGGGGCAUGGGGGGAUAGGGCUCCUCUGCUUCCAGGGGGUUUGCAGUGGGGUUGUGAAGGUCUUUAAAUCUUGGGGGUGUACAUGGGCUCGGAGAGGGUUGGGUCAGGAAGAACUGGGAGGGGCUGUCACAGGCAGUGGUGUCAGGACUGGCUCGCAGACCUGCAACGCAAGCUGGUGGACUUUUUCUGGUCGGGCCAUCACUGGCUGAGGGUGGCAGUGUUGUCCAUGACCGUCCACGAAUGAGGACAGGGCCUGGUGGAACUGGAGAGCAGGGUGGCUUCUUUCUGACUAAACGCGGUGCAAAGACUGCUGUACCAUACUGAUGUCGGCUGUAGGGAACCAGCAUGCACCCUGCAGAGGAGAGCUGGCGGAUUAGGGUUGGACUGGCAGCUAUUCCUCACGAGGCUGGAGAGGCUGAGUACAACAGGUCUCUCUGAUUUUUGCUUUGCAGUGCUGAGGGCAUGGCAGCUGCUUAGGGCCCUCACAAGAAGGGGGUGUGGAGCCUGGGCUGUGGGUGUGGGAGGCGCCGAUCUUCCACAACCCAGCCAUCCCUUUGAGAUCGGUUCAGUCGGCUGAUGGAAGCCAACUGCUGGGAGAGGAAGAGUGGAAACCCCCAGAAGUCCUGCCACAACAAACAGGAAUAACUUAUCUUAGGAUGCUGGAGAGAUUCCUGGAGGAGGUCCAGGAGGCACUGUCUGAGCCGGGUUGUUACUUAUGUGUGAAGCAGUAUGCUCUGGAGUGUUCACACAUCCCCAUGGGACAGAUCGUCAACUCUCAGGAUUGUUUCUUGACCAUGAGUCCCAGCUGGUACCAAAGUCUGAUCAAAGUGUCGCUGACUCGCUUCCCUCAGAGCUGCCGACACUUUGACCAGAGUGGCAUUCAGUAUCUGGCUGUCCUGAACCAGAAAUUCACUGACUGCUUUGUUCAGGCAGGAAAAACGAGCCUCAAGGUUGCAUUUAGGGAGCCAUUGCCAUCCCAACUGCAGCCUAGGAACAGCCCCUCGCCCCAGCUGGUGUCCAUGCACCAUCACCUGGAGUCUGAUCAACACAGCCUGCUACAACUUGUGGACAGGCCUGCUGUAGGCCUGGAGGGCCAAUCAGGGCCAGGUGGGCCACAGAGAAACAGGCUGCUGGGAGGUGUAGUUCCAGACAGAUGGCUUCAUUUAUAAGCCAUCUUGGCAUGUGGGACACAAAAAAGGAUGUUAUUGUUGAAAAGUGCUAAAUCAGCGAAUCAAAGAGUUCACAUGUCAAGACUUCCUGUGCAAUUUACCACUGGGAGAAAAGAUACACUAUUGUUAAAGGGAUAGUGCAAGAUUUUGGCAAUAAAGCUGUACCUGUAGACUUCCAGUUGCGCUAACGCUAGUUAGGCUCACAAAAACUACCUUCAACUUCCUUCAAACUGCACGCAGAGACAUAGAAAUGACAUCUGACAUUGCAAAAAUCUUGCACCAUCCCUUUAAAGAUACGACCUUACCGGCCUGUGUCACCCGGCCUGUGUUUUGGUAAAAAGAUGAGGGAUGUGCCUGGAAAAAUUGGUAUCAAAAUUAUAGUUUAACUUGUUUUGAGGGUGUACAGUGUUUGUUUACAUUUACAUUGUUUACAAGCAUUGGAGUAAAAUAAGAUUAAGAUUAUAUUUGUUCUGAUAAGGUACCGCAGUUGAACUAAGUUAUAUUCUUUAAGAAUCAAUGGGAAUACAUCAUUCAUUUAGAUGUCCAAAAAUUGAUGUAGCAACGAACUAGCUUUAAAGCACAUGAAGGGCUCUAUUAAAUCAGAUCCCCUUUAGCUGACAUCCACAUAGCUCUUGUUUUGGUGGUGUCGGAGGUGAAACGGCGUUAGAGCUGUCAAAUCCACAAGUGGCUCCUGGCAUUAUACAGUGCCUUCGGAAAGUAUUCAGACCCCUUGACUUUUUCCCCAUUUUCAUAUGUU